AUGAGCAUGCACGAGGAAGCCGAGAUAUCUUCAUUAACGGAAAUUCGAAACGGAACUCCAUCGGACAUGACCAACUUCUCGGACUUCAAUCAGCUCUUCGAUGUCUCGGAGUCUUUGAACAUGACCCCAGUCUCACACAGUUUUCAGACUGCACAUUCUCACACAUCCUCAGAUAUCAUCUCCCCACGCCUAUUGAGCCUUGACUUUUCUGCCAUCUUCCCGGGUUUGGUAACGCCAAACUCUAUGGAUUUCAACCAAGGAAUCAAAAUGCUAGAGCCUCAAUUAUCGCAACGUUGGAGGUCCCUUCAGCAAGGAUCCAUGACAGCUAAAAUGAUCUUCAGUCGCAUGAGUGAUUACGGCCGUAUGAUGGCCGAUGCUAAAUCGCUCCCAUCGUUUAUUCAUCCGCCGUGCUGUGUGGGCUCUGGCGAGGAGUGUUCCUCGGACGCAGCUCAUGGAUGCUUGUCUGAAGCUCUGGCAUACGAUGGCUAUGAUGAAGGCAUGAAGCUACAAGCUCUACAGGCGGCUCUCGUAUAUGGGAUGCUGUGCGCUCAAUGCACAGAAUCCGUGUCAAUUGAGGAUUCCACAUGGGUGGUUGAAACCAUCGAGACAUUUGCGGAAGAGCUAUACGAUCUUGGCAUAUGGACGUUGGAUACUGAUCAGCCACACCCCUCACGCAGCCACUGGGUGUUUGUCGAGAGUCUGAGAAGGUAA